GGUUAGUAUAACGAUGUGUAGUGAAAAUACAUUUUUCUCGUAUUUAAUAUGACUAUAAACUGUAUACAUUUAUUAUUCCGUAAAAUGAGUUCGUCGAUAAUUUCGGUGUUAACGCCCAACAAUGUUCGCGGUAUGAAAGUGCUAGACCGCGAAAAAUUCUUGCGUCAUAUAGAAGUACCAGUUUUGAAGGUCACCAAAGAAAAUUUGGCGAAGAUAACACAGUUGUGCAAGCCUUACUUCUUAAAACUUGAAAACUUCAAGCCCAUCGCUGACGUAGAAUCAAAUGAAGAUUCUCCUUUCAGUAAAAAUAUACAUCUUAAUCCAGACAAAAUUAAUGAAUGGACUAGCUUUUUAGAAGAGGACCGUAAGAAAAUGAUCGAAAUAGGAGUCGACGAGAAAAAUUUCUUCAAGAUGAAACUAGAGCUAACAUAUAACAACUGGACAUAUGACACUAUAUUCAAAGCAGUUCUACCCGAAAAUGAAGAAAUUGUAAGUGGUUUCUCACAAAUUGGUCACAUUAUCCAUUUGAAUUUAAGAGAUCAUUUAUUGGAUUAUCGUCCUCUCAUUGGCCAAGUUCUUGUAGACAAAGUGAAGACUUGUCGAACUGUUGUAAAUAAAAGCAACAUAAUUGAUAACACAUACCGCAACUUUAGUAUGGAAGUAAUAGCAGGGGAUGAAGACUUUUUUGUCACAGUAAAAGAAAACAAUAUCAUAUUCCAAUUUGAUUUUUCAAAAGUCUACUGGAAUCCUCGCUUGGGCAAAGAACAUGAAAGAAUCCUAAAUUAUUUAAAUGAGAGUGAUGUUUUGUUUGAUGUUUUUUGUGGAGUUGGACCGUUCUCAUUACCAGCAGCAAAACGCAAAUGCACUGUAUUUGCAAAUGAUUUAAAUCCAGAGUCGUUCAAAUGGCUGAAACAUAAUGCAAAAAACAAUAAGAUUAAACCUGAAUUUUUUAAUGCUUAUAAUCUUGAUGGAAAAGAUUUCAUUUGCUCUGUAUUUAAAGACUAUAUUCAAGAAUUAUGUGAAGGCAAAAUAAGUAUUGAUGAAAAAGCAGUCAUUCACAUUACAAUGAACUUGCCAGCUAUGGCUGUGGAGUUCUUAAAGUAUUUUAAAGGCCUAAUUAAAGGAAAUAUUGCCAACAAUUUGAAGAAUGAAAUAAUUGUUUAUGUGUACUGUUUCGUUCCUGGCGAUGACAGUGUUGCUUCGGCAAAGCAGUUAGUGAGUGAGAGUAUUGGAUACAACAUGGCAGAUAAAAUCCAGGAUGUGUCAUUUGUGAGAAAGGUUGGACCAAAUAAAGAAAUGAUGCGUGUGACAUUUAAUCUAAGUGAUGAAAUAUUAUCGAACAAAAGUGAGUUAGAGCUAAGUGAACCUCCUAGUAAGAAACUGUGUGUUGAAAACUAAUCAUGAUUUUUGUUUGGUAAAUUUUUAUGGAAUCCCUGAGUAACUUUCUUAAAUAAAUACUUUAUGUUAAUAUUGUAUUGCAAAAAAUAUAAUUUGAGAUUGUUUGAAGAAUGUCAAUUAAGAUCUAAAACAAUAAAUUUUUUAUUGAAA